AAGAGAACUUGUGAGUAUUUUAUUUUUAUAUUAAUUCAAGAAUUGCAAAACCGACGGUAAUAACAGAAACAAAAGGCGGUUCUUUUUUCCAUUUCUGUAAUUAUUUUCUUUCUUUAUAUAUAUGCACUUUUGGAUUUGGAUUGGAGCUCAAGUUCUUCUUGUGUUCUCUCUCUCAAGAAAACAAAAAUCAAACUUUUCAAAAGAGCUUGAAGAUAUUUUUCUUUUUCAAUCAAUGGAUUAUUACGUAAGAACCGAAGUUGUUGAAGCUGGUUUUAAUGAUGAUUCAGAGCAAGAAGUAUCAACGAUCUCUGAAUCUUCUGGAAGCUGUGAUGAUUCGUAUUCUGCUGUUGAUGAUCCACGCCGACCACCGUCAUCAUCAUCUUUUGCUGACGAGCUCGGGCUAAUGGAGUUGCUUGAAGGAGAUAAAGCUCAUGAUCUUAUCUUUCGUAAUUGUAAAUCUGGUCUCGGUGAUCAAUGCCAGAUUCUCUCUGUUCUCCGUAACGGAUUCAGAACCGUUGGAUCUCGUGCCAAGUUCAAGACUUUUCAGAUUUUUCAAGAGGCGGUGCACACGAAACACGCCGGAGAAGACGGAGGAGGAGGAGCUAAGGUGAAGUACGGUUGGUGCGCCGUCGCGAAACAAGAGCUGAAAACGAUUUUGGAGUAUGGGUUUAGCCAGCCGCCGUCAAACGAUGGUUCUUAUGGCCGUGGAUUGUAUCUUUCCCCUGAUAACUCUCCUCUUGAUUGUUUGAAGGAAUCAGCUGCAGAAUCAGAAGAUGGGAUGAGAUUCUUGUUGCUUUGUAGAGUUCUACUUGGCAAAUCAGAGAUUGUUACUCAAGGCUCGAUCCAGUCAUGUCCGAGUUCACCAGAGUUUGAUUCUGGUAUUGAUGAUUUAGCUUCUCCGAAGAAGUACAUUGUGUGGAGUACACAUAUGAACACACACGUCUUGCCUGAGUUUCUUGUUUGCAUCAAGGCUCCCUUUAACUUAACUCGUAGUUCAAAGAGAUUGAGAUCGCCAUGGAUGGCAUUUCCUGUAUUGAUCAAAGCAUUGUCAAAGUUUCUAUCUCCUUCUCAGAUACUUGUCAUUCAGAAACACUACAAAGAUCAACAAAACAGGAGAAUCUCGCGGAGCGAACUGAUACAAAGAGUCAGAAGUAUAACUGGAGACAAAUUACUAGUUCACAUCAUCAAAGCUUUCGGACACAAAGUACAACGCUAGAAGCUCCAUUGCAGAUCACUUUGGUUUUUCUUGUUUCAAGGACACAAUCGCCAUGGUUGUCUUUGUCUGUUUUACAAACACCAGAAGGAUCGGGACUGGUGAACAAAUGGUCAUCUUUGGAGUCUCCAAAAUCAUAGAGUAGUCUUUUUUUCUUUUCCCCAUGAUAGUGAUGAAAAAAAUUUGUUCAAUAGAGAUCAGAUUAGGGUCUUGAUACAUUAUUAAUGAAGAACAUUAACAACAAGUUACAAUCUUAGUUUUCUUUUCA